AUGGCGCAUGAAUCUAACACAGCGCCAGACAGCACUGCAAAAGACAACGCAGUGUCGAAAGAGACCGGGAUCUGCCGCGUUUGUGUUUGUAAAGACGGCAAGGUGAACUGCAAGGAGCAGAAGUUGGGCGCUUUCUUCAAAUUAGAAGAGUGGGCAGAGCUAACCGACAUCAAACCCACAAUAGUUGACCUGAGUGACAACGUCAUAACCAACAUCACAUUAAUGGCGGAUCUUCCGAUUGAAGAACUGAAUCUCUCAAAUAACAAGAUAGAGAACAUCGAAAACGCCAGCUUCAGAGAUCUGCAGGAGAUGAGGGUCCUGGAUUUGAGCUAUAAUAGGCUGACGUCUAAGCUUAGUCCGCAUGCUUUUGAGGGUAAAUUCUCCGCCGAAGAAUACGAGCCACUCUCCUCCAUGCGCACCCUGAACUUGGCCUACAACCAGUUCCACUCCCUCAACCAGGAUCUGUUCGAGCACCUUCCUGAGCUGACGGCCCUGGACCUUACUGGGAACCCACUGACUACCAUCGACCAUGUCACCCUUAUUGCUAUCUCCAGCUUACCUAUGUUGAAGGACCUCCGCCUCCGCUCCUGCCAGCUGACCGAGAUCCCGGACAAGUUCCUACACACCCCCCGGUACCUGGAGUACCUGGACCUCAGCGACAACAAGCUGACCAUGGUGCCCCAAGAGCUAGAGGAGACCAAGAACCUGGUGUAUCUUAACCUGAACCAGAACCCGAUUGUGGAGCUGGAUAUGGACAAGGAGGAUGCUCUCGGUUUCCCAAUCCUGCGCAAACUGCAAGAGCUACACAUGUGCAACAUGCCAGAGCUCCGCCGCAUUGCCACCGGAGCCCUAGCUGGACUGAAGACGCUGUCCAAGCUGCAUAUCAGCUUCAAUCCCAAGCUGGCUGAGAUUGCGCCUAAAGCGCUGGCGAGGCCUGAUGAUCAAGGGGAGACCUACGUUUGGCCGGUGGUAAAGGAGCUAUACCUACAAUCUAACAACCUGACAGAGAUCGACCGCCGUUUCCUCUCCCGCUGGGAACUGGUCGAGAAACUAGACGUCUCCGACAACCCGUGGUUAUGUGACUGCUCUACGCAGUGGAUGGUUGACGAUCUGGUUACCUACGUCGAGCGUCGGGAACCCAACGCGUCAGAGAAACUAAUUUGCCAGGAACCGAUCGAGAUGCGAGGUCUCACCAUGAAACAGCUGCACGAUAAGAAGAGCCACAUGAGAUGUGUAGACAAGUACGGCAACAGGCCAGAGAGGGACGGCGCUAUACUCCUUGGCACGCUUAUUGGCGUUCUUCUGGCAGUGCCCAUAAUGCUGUCGCUGAUGUUGCUCUGGAGACGCGGCUACUUCGGCUGGCUCGGGUUCCCGGGGCCCGUGGACGUGUCCCGGGCCUUCUACAAACGUGCCCCGGCCGAGGACAACUAUAUAUAAACUAUAAUGCAGUCC